UUUUGAAUUCCGUCUCCGCGGCCAGUUUGAAGCAGCGAAAUUCAGUAGCUAGUAACUGCACACUUUCCUCACGGCUUCGCAGGGUCGAAAAUAAGUCAAUAUUUGAAAACAUUUAAUAAUGGAAGACUACCUGAAGAUAGAGAAAAUUGGUGAAGGUACAUAUGGCGUGGUGUAUAAGGGUCGGCACAAGUCCACAGGUCAGGUGGUGGCUCUAAAGAAGAUUCGUCUGGAGAGUGAGGAAGAGGGUGUGCCUAGCACUGCUGUACGAGAGAUCUCACUGCUUAAAGAGCUACAGCACCCCAAUGUCGUACGACUGCUGGAUGUGUUGAUGCAGGAGUCCAAACUGUAUUUGGUGUUUGAGUUUCUCUCCAUGGACCUGAAGAAGUAUUUAGACUCCAUUCCCUCAGGGCAGUACAUGGACCCCAUGCUUGUCAAGAGUUAUCUGUAUCAGAUCUUGGAGGGGAUCCUGUUCUGUCACUGCCGUCGAGUUCUGCAUCGUGACCUAAAGCCACAGAACCUGUUAAUUGACAAUAAAGGGGUGAUAAAACUGGCUGACUUCGGCCUGGCCCGUGCUUUUGGGGUGCCAGUUCGAGUCUACACACAUGAGGUCGUGACUCUGUGGUACAGGGCCCCAGAAGUGUUACUUGGAGCUUCUCGUUAUUCCACUCCAGUAGAUGUUUGGAGUAUCGGCACCAUCUUUGCCGAGCUCGCCACCAAGAAGCCACUGUUCCAUGGAGACUCAGAGAUUGACCAGCUGUUCCGCAUCUUCAGGAUUCUAGGUACCCCAAAUAAUGAUGUGUGGCCAGAUGUAGAGUCACUACCUGACUAUAAGAACACUUUCCCCAAGUGGAAGUCUGGCAAUCUGGGAAGCAUGGUUAAGAAUCUUGACAAGAAUGGCAUUGAUCUGCUUGGGAAAAUGCUCACCUAUGACCCGCUAAAGAGGAUUUCUGCACGGCAGGCUAUGACACACCCCUAUUUUGAUGAUUUGGAUAAGACCACUCUACCUGCCAGUAAUCUGAAGAGCUAAACCGUAUUUAAGCUCAAGCAAGAGACAUCUGGCCUGAAAUGGGCUAUAUGUUGUGGUGUCUAAACUUACAAUGGACAGGAAUACUCAAUUUCACUCAUUUGAAGGAAUUCAGAAUUCCGAACUUGAUUCUGAAUUGCAACAAAUCUGUAUUUGACCCAAAAGCUCUUAACUGCACCGUUGCAGACUUUUCUCUCAUAAUAAUGCAAUAUUCUUUUUUUCUAACGUGUGUUUGCUUUUGUUUGUGUUUUUGUAUGUGUUUUUCCUAUAAUUAGUCUCUAAUGUAUUGUUCUGUAUGUUAGGUUGGAGCAGCCUUGGUGCUGGUUUAUUGCAUCCUCAAUAAAGUGCACUUUGUGAGGGCUUGACUAUA